CUACCAGCGUGACGUCUAAUCUAGUGGACGGAACGGGAAGUUUCUCCAACAACAGCAGCUUGUCAGACACCUCCGUAGCCUGUUAGCCAAUAUAGCCGAAACGUAUGAGCUCGUAAGACUGUUUCGGUGUAUAUUGGUCCCUGUGUUUAAAACAUACUUAUUUCGUAUAGCUAGUUUCCCCAUUUAAUUAAAUAUAUACGUUGUUAAGAUAGUAGCUAGCUGGAUUGCUGAAUUAGCUUAGAACCAGGCUAGUCGUUAAUGCUAACUAGCUAACAUCUCCGACCAUGAGCUCACUAAGCUACUCUCCUCCUGAUAAAGAAGAGGAGGUCUACUGGACGGAGAAAGAAGCUCUGGGACUGAACAUUGUCGUGAAAGAAGAGGAGGGGGAUAUUACAGUUAAAGGAGAGGAAGACGCUUUCAGAAUGAAAGAGGAGGUAGAAGAGGCUAUCAGUAUCACAUUGAAAGAAGAGAAAGGACAUAUUAGAGUGAAAGAUGAAGAGGGGAUAGAGGCUGUCACAGUGGAAGAAGAGGUAGAAGCUUUCAGAAUUAAAAAGGAGGAAGAGGAGGAGGAUGUUAUAAUGAAAGAAGAGAAAGAACCUGAGGAAGAGGAGGCUGAAGAUCUGAUUAACACCAGAGAGAGACCAGACUCUCACUUUGACAGCGGGAAGAGUCCUUCAGGGGAACCAGACCCAGAGACGGGUCCUUCAGGGGAACCAGACCCAGAGACGGGUCCUUCAGGGGAACCAGACCCAAAGAAGAGUCCUUCAGGGGAACCAAACUCAAAGAAGAGUCCUUCAGGGGACCCAGACCCAAAGAAGAGUCCUUCAGGGGAACCAGACCCAAAGAAGAGUCCUUCAGGGGACCCAGACCCAAAGAAGAGUCCUUCAGGGGAACCAGACCCAAAGAAGAGUCCAUCAGGGGAACCAGACCCAAAGAAGAGUCCAUCAGGGGAACCAGACCCAAAGAAGAGUCCUUCAGGGGAACCAGACCCAAAGAAGAGUCCUUCAGGGGACCCAGACCCAAAGAAGAGUCCUUCAGGGGAACCAGACCCAGAGAAGAGUCCUUCAGGGGAACCAGACCCAGAGACAUCCAAACCAGCAGGACGACACCACUGUUCCCUCUGUGGAAAGAGUUUUACUAAGCUACAGAACCUAAGAGUGCAUGAGAGGACACAGAGGAGAAAAGCCUUUCCACUGCUCUCAGUGUGGAAAGAGGUUUACCCGUUUAGAGAACCUGAAACAGCAUGAUAGAAUACACAGAGGGGAGAAGCCUUACCAUUGUUCCCAUUGUGGAAAGCGCUUUAGGUCGUUAGGCACCCUGACAACGCAUGAGAGAAUACAUACAGGAGAGAUGCCUUACCACUGUUCCCACUGUGGAGAGAGUUUUAGGUGGUCAGGGAGCCUGAAAACACAUUAAAGGACACACACACAAGAAAAGCCCUACCAAUGCUCCCUGUGUGGAAAGAGAUUUACAGAGUUAGGGUCCCUGAAAACACACAAUAGAAUACACACAGGAGAGAAGCCUUAUUACUGCUCCCAAUGUGGAAUAAAUUUUACCUGGUUGGCGAGCCUGAAAACACAUGAGAGAAUACAUACAAGAGAAAGGUCUUACCACUGUUCCCACUGUUCCAACUAAUCAAAAUAUAUUUUAGAUUCUUCAAAGUAGCCACCCUUUGCCUUGAUGACAGCUUUGCACACUCUUGGUAUUGUUGGUAGAGAGGUAGUUCUGUAGUUGUAUCUAAUCAGACUAGAAGGGUUCAUGCAGAUUGUUGGUAGAGAGGUUGUUCUGUAGUUGUAUCUAGUCAGACUAGAAGGGUUCAUGUGGAUUGUUGGUAGAGAGGUAGUUCUGUAGUUGUAUCUAGCCAGACUAGAUGGGUUCAUGUGGAUUGUUGGUAGAGAGGUAGUUCUGUAGUAUCUAGCCAGACUAGAUGGGUUCAUGUGGAUUGUUGGUAGAGAGGUAGUUCUGUAGUAUCUAGCCAGACUAGAUGGGUUCAUGUGGAUUGUUGGUAGAGAGGUAGUUCUGUAGUAUCUAGCCAGACUAGAAGGGUUCAUGCAGAUUGUUGGUAGAGAGGUAGUUCUGUAGUUGUAUCUAGCCAGACUAGAAGGGUUCAUGUGGAUUGUUGGUAGAGAGGUAGUUCUGUAGUUGUAUCUAGCCAGACUAGAUGGGUUCAUGUGGAUUGUUGGUAGAGAGGUAGUUCUGUAGUAUCUAGCCAGACUAGAAGGGUUCAUGUGGAUUGUUGGUAGAGAGGUAGUUCUGUAGUUGUAUCUAGCCAGACUAGAUGGGUUCAUGUGGAUUGUUGGUAGAGAGGUUGUUCUGUAGUUGUAUCUAGUCAGACUGGAAGGGUUCCUGUGGAUUGUUGGUAGAGAGGUAGUUCUGUAGUAUCUAGCCAGACUAGAAGGGUUCAUGUGGAUUGUUGGUAGAGAGGUAGUUCUGUAGUUGUAUCUAGCCAGACUAGAUGGGUUCAUGUGGAUUGUUGGUAGAGAGGUAGUUCUGUAGUAUCUAGCCAGACUAGAUGGGUUCAUGUGGAUUGUUGGUAGAGAGGUAGUUCUGUAGUAUCUAGCCAGACUAGAUGGGUUCAUGUGGAUUGUUGGUAGAGAGGUAGUUCUGUAGUAUCUAGCCAGACUAGAUGGGUUCAUGUGGAUUGUUGGUAGAGAGGUAGUUCUGUAGUAUCUAGCCAGACUAGAUGGGUUCAUGUGGAUUGUUGGUAGAGAGGUAGUUCUGUAGUAUCUAGCCAGACUAGAUGGGUUCAUGUGGAUUGUUGGUAGAGAGGUAGUUCUGUAGUAUCUAGCCAGACUAGAUGGGUUCAUGUGGAUUGUUGGUAGAGAGGUAGUUCUGUAGUAUCUAGCCAGACUAGAUGGGUUCAUGUGGAUUGUUGGUAGAGAGGUAGUUCUGUAGUAUCUAGUCAGACUAGAAGGGUUCAUGCAGAUUGUUGGUAGAGAGGUAGUUCUGUAGUAUCUAGUCAGACUAGAAGGGUUCAUGCAGAUUGUUGGUAGAGAGGUUGUUCUGUAGUUGUAUCUAGCCAGACUAGAAGGGUUCAUGUGGAUUGUUGGUAGAGAGGUUGUUCUGUAGUUGUAUCUAGUCAGACUAGAAGGGUUCAUGUGGAUUGUUGGUAGAGAGGUUGUUCUGUAGUUGUAUCUAGUCAGACUAGAAGGGUUCAUGUGGAUUGUUGGUAGAGAGGUUGUUCUGUAGUUGUAUCUAGUCAGACUAGAAGGGUUCAUGUGGAUUGUUGGUAGAGAGGUUGUUCUGUAGUUGUAUCUAGCCAGACUAGAAGGGUUCAUGUGGAUUGUUGGUAGAUCUACAGAUAUACAGUGAAUUUCAAAUGCCUCUUCGAUUCUCUAUUAGGUGUGUAGUCUAAUCUAGUCUAUCCAAAUAUACAUUUGUACAGAAAACCAGCGUGACAUGUAAUCUAGUAGACAGGACACUUCUUCAAUAACAGCAGCUAGUCAACCACCUCGAUAUCAACUGACAUUAUAUUGUCAAGACUGGCGUUAAGUACUGAAUUAGGUCUUCUUCAAUAACAGCAGCUAGUCAACCACCUCGAUAGCAACUGACAUUACAUUGUCAAGACUGGCGUUGUGUGCGCCAUGCUCUACCAACUGAGCUACAGGAAACUAUUCUCACCUCAUGUAUCCUCAUGUAUUCAUAUGUAGCUGUAGGUCUGCAUUCAUAAUGUACAUAUUCACAUGUAGCUCUAGGUCUGCAUUAAACUAUUCUAACAGUAUAUAUUCAUAAUGUACAUAUUCACAUGUAGCUACAGGUCUGCAUAGACGAAUGUAUUGGCUGUAAAGAAGUCAGACAAAACAUAUUUGCUCAUCUUUAAAUGAAUAAACAAUGUAGUGAAUAUUUUUCUAAACUGCGUUACCCAUUCCAGUCAGCUGACGGCGAUAUGCGACCUUCAGUUGGUGACGUCAUAUCUAGUGGACCAACACGACACCGGAAGCUGUUUCAACAACACGGAUACUGACUCAUUCAACCACCUCUUUAGCCUGGUAGCCAACAUACAACCAAAACAAGCUCUUUAGCCCAUUUUUCUGUAUAUUGAUCUCGGUAUUUUUUUAACACAAUACUCUUUACGUAUCUACUAUUUAACUUAAAGUAAUUUGCUUGUUAAAUGUGUUGAUUAUACCGAGUCUAGCACUAAGCUUAUCGUUAAUGCUAGCUAGCCCGACCAUGAACUCACUGAACGACUACCCUCCUGUUAAAGAAGAGGCGGUCUGCUGGACGGAGAAAGAAGCUCUGGGGCUGAACAUUGUCCUGAAAGAAGAGAAAUAUCAGUUUAGAGUGAAGGAGGAAGAGGAGGCUGUAACAUUGAGCAAAGAAGAGGAUGAUCUUUUGGGAGAUGAGGGAAAGGAAGAGGAGACUGAAGAUCUGAGUAACACCAGAGAGAGACCAGACUCUCACUCUGACAGCGGGAAGAGUCCUUCAGGGGAACCAGACCCAGUGACACCCAAACCAGCGAGACCACACCACUGCUCCCACUGUGGAAAAAGUUUUACCCGAUUACUACACCUGAAAUCACAUGAGAGAAUACAUACAGGAGAAAAGCCCAACCACUGUUCCCAGUGUGAAAAGAGUUUUAGGUGGUUAACGACUCUGAAACUCCAUGAGAGGACACACACACACGAAAAGCUCUACCGCUGCUCCCUGUGUGGAAUGAGUUUUACCAAGUUAGGGGCCCUCGAUGUGCAUGACAGGACACACAUAGGAGGGGAUAAGUCCUACCGCUGCUCCCUGUGUGGACAGAGAUUUAACCGGUUAAGACAUCUGAAUAAGCAUGAAAGAAUACAUACACAGGAGGAGAAGACAUACCACUGCUCUCAGUGUGGAAAGACAUUUUCCCAGUCAGAGGACCUGAAAACACAUGAGAGAAUAGAGAGGCUGUGUUCUGACUUGUGUUUUUGACCUGAGAAUUUAUUUUUUUUUUUUUCUGCCAAAUGAAAUCAUUAUUGAAAUAGACCUACUUUUUUUGUCUUAGUUUUCAUCUGGAGACUGACAUGACUCUCCUGUGAGGAUCCAACGAUGUCUACCAUACGCUGUUACACGGAAUCAUGGCUCUCUCUCUCUCCAGAUAUACUGUUGCCAUGACUCCUGUGAGGAUCCGAGGAUCAGGUUACAGUGGAUCAGCGUCCAAUAGAGGGAGGGAGGGAGGGAUAUGGGGGUUUUAUGACACCUCACCAUCGAUUGUAAAUUGUAGGCAGCAGACUAUUCCUUUUGGGGUCUAAUUUGGGCGACUGGAAUGUCUCUUUUGUUACCAAGAGAGAUUCUUAGACGACCCAAAAAAACUUCAACAUCAAACAAUAGACACUGGGAUAUUAUAUUCCAACAUCCGAAUGUUGGGAACGACGAGAGAUUGAAUAUGGAAAAUGUUAUGUCUAUUUUGUGAUGUCAUUAAAAUUGUUAUAAAUAGGUUUUAAUGAAAGCAUUAACUUCAAGAACUUUCGCACUGUGUAUAUCAAGGUUUAUAUUCUUUACGUUGUGUAGAAAAUAUCAAGGUUAAAGAGAAUGUUUUUGUGAUGAUUAGGAUUGUGAUUUUAGUACUCUAACGAGAUAGUAAUUCUGAUACCUUGCCUCGUAACUAGCCACGCCCCAGGGAGCCUGGGUCAGAAUGACGAAAAAUGCCUCCGUUUUUCUCCGGUAUAAAAAUAUUGAGUUAAGAAUGAUCAUAUCAGACUAGGAGGACCACGAGCUGUAUCUGAGGUCUACGAUUAGUCACGACCCCCCACGACCCCCCAGCGCAAAACACGAAGAAGACAAUGGAACCUCUUAACAAUUGAUGCUACGGUUAAUUAGCUGUUCUUAGUGUCCUCAGGACACCACUCUGGGAUCACCGACAAGGCUGAUUAGCCGUCCUCAGGACACCACUCUUCCAGAAUGAGUGCAAAGUAAUCAGACAACUAAGAAGAAGGACAUUGUGACAUUUUGUGGACAAAUCAGAGCCUUACACCUGAGAAUGACCGGAGAAGGCCAGCCGAAAUAAGAAGCAACCUCCUCAUCAAGUGGGAACCCGGCCCACGAAGGGCCCAACAGAGAGAAGGCCCAACUGAACCCUCCUCAUCAAGUGGGAACCCGGCCCACGAAGGGCCCAACAGUGAUACCCGACAGAGACCUUCAGCGCGUAAAUACAUGCGUUAUUUCUUACCCAGAAUAGCGGCAGUUUGGGGCAAGAUAUUAAGGGCUAUACUGUGGGCGUAGUUCCCAAAUGUAUCCAAGUGUUGCGUCUCUUUCUUUCUCUAACUCUCCAUCUUGUAACAAGUGUCAUAUUGUGUUAGUCCGCUAGGGACUUGUUGUCGUCGUAUUAAGUUUCCAAUCAAUAACCUAUACCAUGUUUGUGUAUCCUAUGUUAUCAUUUAGUUUGUUAGUAAAUAAAUAAUCAAAUCAA